AGACUCUUGAGACUCGACUGUUAAAGGCGUUUGAUUUACAUCUACCUUCAGGCUGUCUGUGUCUCUCCGCUUAUCUCCAGUCUGCUGCUCACAACCACGACCACGACCACGACCACGACCCCAUUCCCUCGUUCCUAGAAGAGCUGGCUAUCUUCUCCUCGGACCAGUCCAUGAUCGCAUAAUAUCCCGGUGCUAAUCGACUCAAGUCUCAAACCAUUCAAGCCCCGACGACGGGGUGACUGUAUCCCGCGCUAUCCAUUCUAUGGUCUACAGAGUCGAAUCAUCAUCCUUCGCCAUGGUGAUGCUACACAAGACCGAGGCAUUCGUGAUGCGCUAUACCUCCAAGCACAAGACAUCCUGGAUCGCCCAACGGUACCUUGCAGAACCUCAUGUCAUCCAACCCAAGAUCAGACACAUGUACGCGACCCGCGAUAAAACAUUAUGGUGGCAGGCCAUUUCAUCCGCGUUAAGCAACCUGCGGCGGGUGGUGCGGGCACAUUGUUGCCGGAGAGCCCGGCUGGCUUUCCGGCUGGCGCUGAAGGAGCAUGGGUUUGAUGGGGAGGGGAGAAGGAUCGGGGAUAAGACUCAGGACCUGGACUGGAGGCAAAGCGGGUUGACAGGGACGCUGGAUCUGGCACUUAAGGAGCCGAUCGCUCAGAUGCCAUUUGAUGUUCUGCAGAGGGAGAUGAAUGUUGGGGUGAGUGCAUUGGUAAAUCACAAGAAAAAGAUGGAUGCCGGACUAUAUAAGCGGCCGACGCAAAAUGCCGGACUGGAUCAGAAUUCGAGGCAGAUCGAGAUGAGCAGUGUACUAGUAUAUGACUGGACUGCGAGGAAUUCAAGGCACUGACGGAUGAAGUUGAUGUUCUGCGUGGACGGGUAGUACGGAUUGUAUAUUUAUUUAUUUGUAGAACGGCUUACUACAGAGAUCCCUUGCGAGGACCGGGGUGCGCAAGACGCAAGACAUGCAGCAGUUAGUUUUCUGUCAGCCAUGCGUAGAUGGUCGUCCAUGACAGAGUCAGAC